AUGCCCGUACAGAUAGGGUUUAAUCACUCUACAAAAUCUAAAUCCUCUUACCGAAGAUUUCACGUCACCUGCUCAUCCUCUUCUUCUUCUGAUCCACUCUUGGUAAAGGCUGCGAAAGGGGAGCCAGUAAGUAGGCCUCCAGCAUGGAUGAUGCGUCAAGCAGGAAGAUAUAUGGCUGUUUACAGAAAGCUUGCUGAGAAAUAUCCAUCCUUCAGAGAGAGGUCAGAGACGACUGAUCUCAUUGUGGAAAUUUCUUUGCAACCUUGGGAAGCUUUUCAUCCUGAUGGUGUUAUUAUUUUCUCCGACAUACUUACACCUCUACCUGCAUUUGGUGUGCCAUUUGACAUAGAAGAAGUGAGGGGUCCUGUCAUUCAAUCUCCAAUUCGUUCUGAAGAAGGUUUGAAGGCGUUGCAUCCGAUUGAAUUAGAGAAACUUCAGUUCGUGGGAGACUCACUUAGGAUAUUGCGCCGUGAGGUUGAGGGGCGUGCUGCAGUUCUGGGUUUUGUAGGAGCACCUUGGACAAUAGCUACAUAUAUAGUGGAAGGGGGUACAACGCGUACAUAUACAAACAUAAAGAGCAUGUGCCAUACAGCACCGCAAGUGUUAAGGGCUCUCCUCUCGCACCUGACAAAGGCGAUAUCUGACUACAUUGUUUUUCAAGUGGAGUCUGGGGCUCAUUGCAUACAAAUAUUUGACUCAUGGGGUGGACAGCUCCCCCUGAUAUGUGGGAUCGUUGGUCAAAGCCAUAUAUUGAAGAGGUCAGUAGCCUUUCUGAAAUUGCAGAUAGUCAGUACAGUGAGGAACAAAUGCCCUGAAACCCCACUGGUUCUUUACAUUAAUGGAAAUGGUGGCCUUCUUGAGCGUAUGAAGGGAACUGGAGUCGAUGUGAUUGGGCUCGACUGGACUGUUGACAUGGCAGAUGGAAGGAAGCGUUUGGGGAGUGGGAUCAGUGUACAGGGAAAUGUGGACCCGGCUUACUUAUUUUCAACUCUUCCUGCAUUGACUGAUGAAAUUCAAAGAGUUGUGAGAUGUGCUGGGCCGAGUGGACACAUUCUUAAUCUUGGGCAUGGUGUUCUUGUUGGUACACCAGAAGAAGCUGUUGCACACUUUUUUGAAGUUGCUAGAAGCUUGGAGUUUAGCACACCUCAAGGUCAUGUGGUGGAAGAACCAAAAUUGGAGCUAGAGAUCGCCUACUCACUCAUCUAUUGGCCAAUUGAACAUAGAAAGUCAUAG